GUCUUUUCCUCUUUGACGUAGCGGAAAUACGUCAGUAAGUCAAAAUGGAGUCACGUAUGAAGGUGCUCCGAGUUUUUAAAGCUCUCCACAAAACAAGAAUGAUAGUUUUCCAAGAAGAUCAUAAGGCAUUGACAGCUGCAAAACUGAAGAUAAAUGAGGAGUUUAGGAAGAAUAUGCAUGAAACAUCUGAAGAGAAUAUUCAAAAGAUGAUUAAAACUGCUUCAAAUGUUGACGUGGUACUUCGCAGUGGUGUUGUACAAAUGGAGCACGUUGGAGAAAAGUUGUUACUACGACCGAGAGAGGACCUGCUUCUAGAAAAUGUACCUUACUGCGAUACACCAAGGAAGAAGUCAUGAUCUAAUUUGGGAUUUUGUUGUAAUUUUUCACUGCUGUUUCACCAUGUGCCAUUUAUUUAAUUCCCACAUCUCAUCAACAAGCAGCUCUGCCAUGAAGGUGAAGAAACACAACAAUUAGUGCCGAUGGCAAAGUUCUAAGGGGGAAUGAUUUGCUUUGGUUAUUGAAGGUUUUCAAUAUGUAUACAGUUAAUCACCCCAAUCCAGCUGAAUCCUAAGCUUAUGAAUGCAACACAAAGGUCAGAUUCUACUCAUUAAGCUUCAUGGGACCCUUGUUGUAAAUAUUUUUGUGUUUGUUGUUACGCUAAAUAAAUGUAAGAAUAUGAAAUUCGUUUUUUUUUUUUUGCUUUCUUCCCCAAACAUGGCGGGUGCAUUACAUUAAUCUAUGUUAGAUUGGCACUGACAUCCUCAUUUAUGUCCUCAAGACAUGUAGCCAGCAUAGAGGUCUAUAUCACCUCUGCCAGUUGUUCUCUACACUUGCAAAUUAAUAGGCAGGAUGGGAUUCCUAUGUCCUUUUUAAAAAAAAGAUUUCUGGUUUGUUAAAGGUGUGAUGUGUAAGUGGUUUGUGAAAUAUAAAAUAAAUGAAUUCUGAAAAGAUGA